AGCGGCGGGGCCGGAGCGGCGCGGCCGGGGCGGCGGGCGCACGGAGCGGCGGGCUGAGCGCGGCGCCCGCGGCGGGCGGCGGCGCGAUGGCGGAGAUGGGCAGCAAGGGGGUGACGGCCGGGAAGUUCGCCAGCAACAUGCAGAAGAAGCUCACGCGCGCGCAGGAGAAGGUCCUCCAGAAACUGGGCAAGGCCGAUGAGACGAAGGACGAGCAGUUCGAACAGUGUGUCCAGAACUUCAACAAGCAGCUGAAUGAGGGCACCCGGCUGCAGAAGGACCUCCGGACCUACCUGGCCUCAGUUAAAGCCAUGCAUGAGGCCUCCAAGAAGCUGAACGAGUGUCUGCAGGAGGUGUAUGAGCCCGACUGGCCCGGCAGGGACGAAGCAAGCAAGAUUGCCGAGAACAACGACCUGCUCUGGAUGGAUUACCACCAGAAGCUGGUGGACCAGGCGCUGCUGACCAUGGACACGUAUCUGGGCCAGUUCCCUGACAUCAAGUCGCGCAUCGCGAAGCGGGGCCGGAAGCUGGUGGACUACGACAGCGCCCGGCACCAUUACGAGUCCCUCCAAACUGCCAAAAAGAAGGAUGAGGCCAAAAUUGCCAAGCCUGUCUCGCUGCUUGAGAAAGCCGCCCCCCAGUGGUGCCAAGGCAAACUGCAGGCUCAUCUCGUAGCUCAAACUAACCUGCUCCGAAAUCAGGCCGAGGAGGAGCUGGUCAAAGCGCAGAAGGUGUUCGAGGAGAUGAAUGUGGACCUGCAGGAGGAGCUGCCGUCCCUGUGGAACAGCCGCGUGGGGUUCUAUGUGAACACGUUCCAGAGCAUCGCGGGCCUGGAGGAGAACUUCCACCGGGAGAUGAGCAAGCUCAACCAGAGCCUCAACGACGUGCUGGGCGGCCUGGAGAAGCAGCACGGGAGCAACACCUUCACGGUCAAGGCCCAGCCCAGAAAGAAAGCUAAACUGUUCUCGCGGCUGCGCAGGAAGAAGCCCAGUGACGGCGCGCCUGCGAAAGAGAACAAGAGCCCCUCGCCGCCGCCCGAUGGCUCCCCCGCGGCCACCGCCGAGGCCAGAGCCAACCACGAGCCCGAGCCGGCGGGGGCGGCCGCCCCCGGGCCUGCCCUGCCCAAGUCCCCGUCUCAGCUCCGGAAAGGCCCACCUGUCCCUCCGCCUCCCAAACUCACCCCGUCCAAGGAGGUCAAGCAGGAGCAGAUCCUCAGCCUGUUUGGUGACACCUUUAUCCCCGAGAUCAGCGUGACCACCCCCUCCCAGUUCGAGGCCCCGGGGCCGUUCUCGGAGCAGGCCAGCCUGCUGGACCUGGACUUUGACCCCCUGCCCGCGGCGAGCCCCGUGAAGGCGCCCACGCCCUCCGGUCAGCCCAUCCCCUGGGACCUCUGGGAGCCCGCAGAGGGGCCAGCUGGCAGCUCACCUCCCAGCGAGCCCAACGCUGCCGAGGGCACCUUUGCCGUGGCCUGGCCCGGCCGGGCGGCCGAGCCAGGGCCUGCCCAACCGGCAGAGGCCUCGGAGGCGGCAGGAGGCACCCAGGAGCCCGGGGACACAGCAGCCGGGGAAGCAGCCUCGAACUCGCUGCCGGCCGUGGUGGUGGAGACCUUCUCCGCGGUGAACGGGGCGGUGGAGGGCAGCGGCGGGGGUGCGCGCGUGGACCUGCCCCCGGGGUUCAUGUUCAAGGUGCAGGCCCAGCAUGACUACGCCGCCACCGACACGGACGAGUUGCAGCUCAAGGCGGGGGACGUGGUGCUGGUGAUCCCCUUCCAGAACCCCGAGGAGCAGGACGAAGGCUGGCUCAUGGGCGUGAAGGAGAGCGACUGGAACCAGCACAAGGAGCUGGACAAGUGCCAGGGCGUCUUCCCCGAGAACUUCACGGAGCGUGUGCAGUGAGGCCGUGUGCGGGGCGUCUGUGUGAACACCUUCUCCCCAAGUGUGUGUGUUCUUUUUUUUGUUUUUGAACUUUUUGGAGAGCAAAGGGAAUCGAGGAGAGACCUGAGCCGAGAGGCGUCUCCCGAAGAGGAGGGGGCUUUCCGAAGAGCCGGUCCGGCAGCGGGAGUCGCCAGCCUCCGAUGCUGCUGUCCCCUAGUUGAGUUCCUGGCUGCCGCCACCGCCAGCGCCCUCCGGGGUCCACAGCCGCGUCCGGCCCGGUGGGCCCCGGCUGCGGAGCCGCCGCGCUUGCCUGAAGCUUUGGCUGAGCCACCUGGCCAGGGUCCUCCUUUCCUGCCCUGCUGGGCGUGGGGUCCAGUCCCCCUAGACACCUUAGGACCAGACCGCUGUCUGGCCUGGCCCUGCCCCGCAGGCGUCUGUGUGCUGUUUGACAAUAAACCUUAGUGUUCAAAACAAUGAGACA